UCAUCAUCAGUCGUCUUUUGAUUAAAAACAAGUUUGCUCAAACAAUUUAUAACUUUUGGUUUCCUUGAAGUUGCCCAAUUUAUUAUUAGUCUACUAAUACUCGUUUUUUGGAGCACACCUAUAUAUAUACCAAGGUUUUAUCCAUCUUUUUAUACAAACGGUCCAAAACUAAACUUGUUUCUAUUAUCUUAGUGGGAUGUACAUAAUACUACUUCGUAUUGUAUUAUCUCUCUCCCUCCUUUAGAAAUCAAGCUAGCUAAGUUUACUUAUCAACCUCAUUUUACAAACAACUAAUUUUAGAGAGUUUUAUUCCUUGCUGAUAAUUCUCUCUUGCUUCUAUUUUUCGCCAUUUUCGAGGCUGUUGAUAUUAUCUCUCUCUCUCUCUAAUCCUUAGAGAUUACAUCUUAUCGUUUUAAUUAACAACUCAUUCUUUUUCAUUACCUCUUCAAUGGCAACUCUAGUUGCACGACAAGGCCGCCAUAGACAACUUUACGAGGACAAUCGUCGUCUUGUUUCCGGAUGUAUUCCUUAUAGAUUAAGAGACGGAUGUGAAGAUUGUGAAUGUAACAAAGAAGAUUCUUUAGAAGUUCUAAUGGUAUCAUCACCAAAUCGCCACGAUCUUGUAUUUCCAAAGGGAGGAUGGGAGAAUGAUGAGACUGUGCAUGAAGCUGCAUGCCGCGAAGCCUUUGAAGAAGCCGGAGUUAAAGGAAACCUAAAUACGACGCAAUUGGGUGUUUGGGAGUUUCGUAGCAAAAGCAGGCAAGCCAUAAGCAGCAUUGAAGGAGGGUGCAGGGGUUAUAUGUUCGCUUUGGAGGUUACUGAGGAAUUCGAGACUUGGCCUGAACAAGAAAACCAUGGUCGACAAUGGUUGAACAUAAGAGAGGCAUUUCGACUCUGCCGCUAUGAAUGGAUGAGGGAGGCAUUAAGAGCAUUCCUCGAACUAAUGGACACCGAUAGGCAGCAGCCAAAGACAACAAGCAGCCAGUUGGGUAGGGAUCCCAACGUCACUCUUGCUGCAGCGUUAAUGCCAGAUCGCCAAGUUGCUAAGACUACUCCUGCAAAUCGACCUUUAAAUUCAACUGCGGUUAUUGCAAUAGCAUUUACAAUCGUAGCACCGUGAUUAGCUCUCCAAUUAGUGUGUCAUCAGGCAUCUUAUAUUGAUUUCUUUGUGACUAGUUCCUUGGGAAGAUAACGAUAACUGUACAAAAGGAGGAACUAGAUUUUGAAGAAAUCAUAGUGAUUCUUAGGGAUGUUAAAUCUUGGGAGGUAGUGCACAAGAUCUGUCAUCAAAAUUCUCAUCCAUAUCACUGCCUUUCGCGUCUUGUAGAUGGGGAGAAAAAAAAAAACCGAAGAAAAAAUGUUUCUAAGUCAUCAUGUUACAAAAUUUCGACUUUCUCGAACAUAAAUAGUUAGUCUUCAACAUGUGCAUCUUACACUUA